AUGGGCCGCCGCGCGCUGCUGCUGGCGCUGUCCCUCUCCCUCUCCCUCUCCCUGGUCGCCGCAGACCCGCCGGAGCGGGAGCGGUCGGCGCUGCAGGCGUUCCAAUCAGGGACGCCGCACGAGCGUCCACUGCAGUGGAACACCUCCCUCCCCACCUGCUCCUGGACGGGCGUCCGCUGCGACGUUUCCAACUCCACGCUCCAGAACCUGCAGGUCCUGUCGCUGCGCGACAACCGCCUCGCCGGCCCCGUCCCGCCCGACGUGCUCGCGCUCCCGCGCCUCCGCGCGCUCUACCUCCAGGGCAACCUGCUGUCGGGCGCCGUCCCGCCGGGGCUCGCCGCGGGGAUGCUGCCCGCGCUCCAGCACCUUGCGCUCUCGCGCAACCAACUCUCGGGACCCGUUCCGGACAAGCUGCUCGUGGGGAUGCCCCGGCUACGAUCGCUCAUGCUCGACGGGAACCGACUCUCCGGGGGCCUGCCUGCUGGGAGCGUCGGCGGCGGCGCCGGCGCCAGGCUGGAGGUGUUUAAUGUCUCGUUUAACGACCUCGACGGACCCAUCCCCGCCUCCCUCGCACGGUUCCCGCCGGAGUCGUUCGCCGGCAACCCCGGCCUCUGCGGCGCGCCGCUCGUCGACCGCCCGUGCCCCUCGCCGUCCCCGCCGCCCGGCGGUGUCCCGGCGCCGGGGAAGGAGACGAAGAAACGGAAGCUUUCCGGCGCGGCGAUCGUGGCCAUCGCGGUGGGGUGCGGCGCGGCGGCGCUGCUGGCGCUCCUCCUCCUGGCCCUGUGCGCGGCGCACCGGCACCGUCGACACUCGGAGGCGGCGUCGGCGGACGCGAAGGCGACGCCGCCCACGCGCGGGCUGACCCCGUCGACGCCGUCGGGGGACCUGACCGGCGGCGACUUCACGUCCUCCUCCAAGGACAUCAGCGCUGCGGCGGCCGCGGGGGCCAGCGGGUGCGCGGAGCGUGGGCGGCUGGUGUUCGUGGGGAAGCAGGGGCCGGGCCACCUCCGGUACAGCUUCGACCUGGAGGACCUGCUGCGCGCGUCGGCGGAGGUGCUGGGCAAGGGCGGCCUGGGCACGUCGUACAAGGCGGUGCUGGAGGAGGGGACCACCGUGGUGGUCAAGCGCCUGCGGGACGUGGCGGCGGCGCGGCGCGAGUUCGCCGCCUGCGUCGAGGCCGCGGCGGCCGAGCAUCGGAACCUGGUGCCGUUGCGUGGGUACUACUACUCCAAGGACGAGAAGCUGCUCGUCCUCGAUUACCUCCCCGGUGGCAGCCUCUCCGCCCGCCUCCACGGUGAGCUUUCAUCCAUCUCAGCAAACUAG